AUGGCUUUCACAAGUGAAAAGCUCUUUGUCCGCAAAAUCGAAGAAAAUGCCCGCCUAACCCCCACCAACAUCUUUGCGCGCGUCCCGCUCGACGACUGGCAGACAAACGGCUACCGCUCCAUCACCUGGAAGCAGUACAACGACGGCAUCAACAAGUUGGCGCACUGGCUGGACGAGACGCUCGGCACGUCAGUGGACAACGACACGGUGUCGUACUUUGGGGCCAAUGACAUCCGCUAUGCCUUUAUUUUUGCCGCUCUGAACAAGUCGAACCGCAAGCUGCUCACCCCGGACGGCCGCCUCAUGAAAGGCGCGCUGCACGGCCUCUUGUCCGCUUCCCACUGCAAAGCAUGGCUGUACACCGAGGACGAGGUCGCCGCCCAAACCCCCUUUGGCCUGGAAGAAGCCGGCAUCGCGCUGCACGUCUUCCCCUCCCUGGCGUGGUGCCUCGACGCGGAGGACACCCCGCCGUACCCCUACACCAAGACCUACGAGACGCACAAGUGGGAGGAGAUACUCAUCAUCCACACCUCGGGGACGACCGGCCCGCCCAAGCCCAUCUACAUGAACAACGGCUUCUGGGCGGCGGCCUGCGCGUCGCCGCAGCUGGCCAAGCGGCACUGGCCGCGGGGCAUGUCGACCGAGGAGCUGUUCGGCGCGAACGUGCUCCUGGCCUGCCCGAUGCGCUGGAACUCGGGCCUGAUCCUGACGAAUGCCUUUGGCGUGUUUGCAAAGACGUGCUGCGUGCUGCCCCCGGCAGACGCCGUGGGUCUGCCGCCCGCCCUGUUCGGCACGCUCGCCGAGCUGAACCGCGUGGACGGGCUGGUGGCGACGCCAUUCACCGUCGUCGAGCUGUUCCACGACGCCGCGACCCGCCCGGCGCUCCAGGCCCUGGAUUUCGUCACGUACCUCGGCGCGCGGCUGGACCCCGUCGUCGGUGACGCGCUGGUGCAGCACACGCGCCUCGGGUCCGUCAUCGGCGCCACCGAGACCGGCGGGCGGUUCUCGCUACUACCGCGGGCCAAGAAGUUUUGGCACACGUACGACUUCAUCCCCGAGGCGCACGUGCGGCUCGUCCCCAUCGACCAGUCGGGCCUGCCGACGCGCGCGGCCGACGCUGGUGAUGGGCCGGUGCACCGCAUGUUCAUCGACCGGCCGGCGGGCGAGGUCAGGGAGGACAUGUGUGCGUUUUGGAACGUGCGGAUGUUUGCGGGCGCGGAGACCAUUGAUACCAAGGAGCUGUGGCGGCCGGUGGCGUGUGGCGACGGGGAGGUGAGGUGGGAGUUUUUCGCGCGGGCGGACGACUCGGUCAAGCUAUUUGGCGGGGUGUCCUUUGACGCGGCGGCGUUUGAGACGCCGAUUGCGCGACACCCCGGUGUUCGGCACGCGUUUGUCGGGGGCGCUGGCCGGCCGGCGCCGUUUGUGAUUGUGGAACUGUACGAGGAGGAGGCGGUGCGCGGACGGGGGGACGGGGGGCGUCAGGUGGCCAGGGAGAUUUGGGACGCGGUGAUUGCGCCGUUGAAUCGCCAGGUUGUCGAGGAGAUUCGGAUUCCGGUGGAGACGGUGCUGGUGGCGGUGGAGGGGCGGCCGUUGCCGUUGAGUAUCAAGCAGCUUGUGCUGCGGGCGCGGGCGGAGGAGGAGUACAAGGGUGAGAUUGAGGCGGCGUAUGCGAGGUUGAACGAGGGGCAGGAUAGUCGGGACAAGUUUGCCGAGUUUAUGAAGUAG